CUACUAACCUGGAGAGCAACAAUUUUCCUGCUUUCUGUUGCUUAACAGGAUAGACUCUCAUCAAAAUAACCAACUAGUCAUACACUCUGAAUUUUCUGAAGCUGUAUUAGUCUAUUUGGUGGUUACUUUUACACAUUCAUCCCAGAAGAAUGGACUUCGACUUGCCUCCUUCUCUCCCGGUUAGCAGUAUCCCAUGGGAAAGGGUUCUCCCACCCUUAUUCCCCCGAUGUACCGGGACAAUUGGACCUUAUUCAUGGACGCCGACCGAACUUUUAAUCCCGGUUUCCGAACACACCGGUGCAGCACAGGUUACCUGUGAUCAUAAUGGAUUUACUGUGCAGGUUGAUGUGAAACAUUUCAGUCCCGAGGACCUGCUGGUUAAAGUUGUUGGAGAUUAUGUUGUGGUUGAGGGAAAACAUGAACAAAAAAAGGAUGGUUCGGGACUGGUGACACGUCAGUUUAACCGGCGAUACCGGAUCCCAAACGGAGUGGACAUCAUGGCACUGGAAUCAGCCAUAUCAACAGAAGGCAUGCUAGUAAUCUCAGCACCUCUGACACAAGGAGACAAUUCCAGACUGUUAAAUCACAGCAGACCAUGAUGUGCACACACACACACAGUUUCCUCCACACUCAUGUUUAGAUAUUUAUUUUUUUGCUCUUCUUCACUGUUUUAGUUCUUGACAUGUUAAUGCAAGGCGCUUAAAAUUCCCAUCCUCUGGGAUUCUCACGUAAGGCAAUGGUAAAGGCCAAAACAGACUGGCUUCCUCUCACUCCCCCUUGUGGCGGUGGACUACUCAACUCAAAUGCCAACUCCAAACAUACUUGAUUUCAAGCCAACAAGAAAAUCGUAUCAUAUUUUCUUCACACUUGCUGUCAGUUUAGCAUACAGCCUGUAAGAGCGACAAAUUUGUCCUCGUGUUAACAGGGUCUCCUCUCCCAAACCCACAGUCAUACUGAAACUGAAUUUAGUAUGGGAAACAUUCAGAAAUGACUUAUUUUUGUGUUGUAUCACACUUGCUUAUUCACAAAAUUGCACAGAUUAUUCAGUUAAUCUUAAUAGGUUAUGUUAGGAUUGUACAUAUUUUUACAAAAUGAAAUAAUUAUGUAAGUGUUCAUUUAGUUCUAAUAUUUGUGUGAUGUACAGAUUGAAUAUCAAUAAACAUAAUGAAACACCCUU